AUGGCAAAGAAGUCCCAGAAACGCUCUGUGCGGUAUGAAAAAGAUCAGUUGGGCUGCAUGUGGGGUUUGAUCAGUAUCUUUGACUUCCGGCACGGCCGCCCCACCUGGAAGCUGAUUUCUGAUAAGAGGCAUGGAAGUAAGCAAGCUGUUGGUACUGGAAUUUCAAGGAAUAAGUUCAAGAGUUUGAGCAAUUUGGAUGAAAAUUUCAAGACUCUUACUAAAAUGAUUCAGGAUGACAAUGAGAGCUCGAAAGCAAUAGUGGCAGUAGAUGCUUGCAAGCCUAGUGUGAAGAAACUCAUGGAAGAAGAAAUGUCCGGUAAGCAGGACAUGAAAAAGGAGAGAAGCGAGAGAAGCAAUGAUGUAGUGGAAACUAGACAGUCUGAUUCAAGCCAGAGCAGAAAGGACCACAAAAGAUCAAAGACGACUCGCAAGAAAAGUCGUGAUAUGGACAACCAUAAUUUGAAUGCUUUUGAGAACUCAGAAUCUGGAUGCUCUUGCAAUCAGAAUCGAGAGCAGAAACCUAGAAGUAACGUUGGCAUGGAUGAGAUAAUAGAAGAGGUAUGUUGCCAGAUCCAUCAGAAAUAUAUUAAUGAUGCGAAUCAUGAUGUGAAUGGUGAAACUCCUGCAAAACCAAACUGCAAGCAUUCUGAUUUCGAAGAGAAAUUAUGCGUGGCAAUCAAGGAAUUCACGAAUCAUAAGUUUACUGAUGGGAAACAGCUUGCGGAAGAUCAGAAAAUCCACCACUUCAAAGAACUACUUGAUGCGCUCGAGGUCUUAAGUUCAGAUGAGGAAUUGCGUCUGAAACUUUUGCAGGAUCCAAACUCGCUGCUGGCAAAACAAGUCCAAAAGUUAAAGGAUGCUCAGAUAGAGAAGGAUGAAGAAUGCGUUUCCUUUGCAGAGUCCAAGUUGUCGGAACAGAAGCUUGGUGAUGUUAAACAAUCUGAGGAGCUUGUCAACCGUAAACGGCGGUACUUUUUCAGUAGAAAGGUCAAGCCUCAGGAAAGAAACCCAAGUAAGGAAAAUGAGGACUCUGAAGCUUCAAAGAUGAUCGUCAUUUUGAAGCCUGGGCCUCCAGCAUUACAAAAUUCUGAAAUUGAAGAUAGUACAACCCCAGAAUCCCAUAACAUUGUAAGAAACAGAGGACCAAGUGAAGAGUUGGUUCCCACUUUUUUCUUUCGGAAAUAA